AUGAGCUCGUUGAAGGCUGGCAACUGGGAUGGCGCUGGCUCUAUGGAGGUGAUGGAUUAUGACCCGUUCUCAAAACUGGCCGCAAUCGUCGAGGCCCGCCGGUCCCCAAUAACUCCUUUGGCGUUGCUGAUUGUCAACUACGCCAACGUGUCGUCGCCCUUCAUUCACCGCCGUAUCCUGGUGGGAAACUCCAGCGGCGAGGGUAAUUACGUGGGUACCCCGAACAGUGUGGCGGUCUGGAACGGUUUUGCAGCACUGACAAUGGAUGGAGUGCCGUACACGGCGUCGGGCAUCCUCCGAAUUUACCACAUGGCCUCCGGCGCAAAGGUCGCUGAGGCGCCGCUUACAGGCUGUUCCAUGCCUGACAGCGUCAAAUGGUCCAAGGAUGGGCACCGGAUGGUCAUUGCCUGUGAAGGCGAGCCGACCACACAGGAGGUCCAGGGGUCGGACCCCCUAGUAGAGCCCAACCCGUCUGGCGCUAUCGCGAUUGCCUACGUCAGCGUGUCGUCGUACACCCCGGCGGGCGCCAGCUGGCCUGUCGCAAGCUUCAGCAUCAGCAUCAAAUUACUGGACUACCAGGGUUACAUUGACUCUCUGAGCAACUCGGCGUACAACGCGCUGUUGGCCCGAGGCUUCCGGAUAGAUCCCCGCUUGACCAAGGCAACCGCAGCCAAGGAUAUUGAGCCUGAGUACGUGGCCUUGCACAGCGACCCUCAAGUAAACCUGGCGUACGUGACUCUACAGGAGAACAACGCCGUGUCUGCUAUCGACCUGACACCGGGAUCUGAACGCAUCCUUUCCAUCUGGCCAUUGGGUCUCAAGAGCUGGAAAGCAUCACCCGUGGAUCCCUCGGACGUGGACGGCAUCCGUAUUCGCAACCACACCGGUGUGUAUUCUUGGUACCAGCCAGAUACAAUCGUGCACGCCACCAUCGGCACGGGCUCCUACCUGUUUAUCGCCAACGAGGGUGAUAGCAAAGGCGAAUCCCGCCGCGUCAAAGAACUUGCUUCGCUGGACCCCCACACCACGCAGGAUUCCGAACUGGGACGUCUGAACGUGGACCCCCUCUUCGGACUUAAGAAGGGCUACAACACCAGCCGCGCAUGGAAUGCGCAAGGGCCGUACAAUAAGCUGAUCGCGUACGGCGGACGCUCGUGGUCUAUCCUGGACGCCAAAAACGGGCGGCUGGUGUAUGAGAGCGGUUCAUCCAUGGAAGCAAUCUUCGCGGCGCAUCCCGUCGCAUCGCAGUGCUUCAACUGCGAUCGGGAUCGCAAUGACCCGGACAGCCGGUCUGACAAUGCCGGACCCGAGCCCGAGGCAUUGGAGGUCUUCCAGUUGGGCAGCCGGACCUACGCGGCUAUUGGCCUGGAGCGUAUGGGCGGCUUCCUAUUGUACGACGUCUCCGUACCUUCCGCGCCUGUGUUCGGUGCUUACAUCUAUAACCGCAACUUUUCCGCUCCGCGUACUGCCCCUACCAGUGCACUUGGCGACCUGGCACCUGAGGGGAUCCGAUUUGUUGACGCCAAGGACAGCAGCAGCGGCACUGCACUGAUAUUGAUGUCAAACGAG